GGCCGAUAAUUCUUUACUAAUUAAGGACACACCGAGGCGAAUAAAUUGAACGUGGGCAGCGGUAAACGCGAGAUAUUCGUAAUAAGACGUAAUGAAAUACGGGUUAAUCGAGCCGCGUGGCUCGCAACGCGUGAAACGGAAAUUUGUACAAAUCGGUCGGGAGUUAAUUAGAGUUCCGCGACUGGGCAUGCUACUGGCAAGAGCGGAGAGGGCUUGUCUGUUACUAACGGCGAUCCACGUUUUGCUCGAUAAGGGCGCAUACGCCGAGACGUUCACCCUCGGCUACAUCACCGGCUCGAAAAGGCGUCCAGGGGACUUUGAGUAUCAGCGUCCCGGUUACCGGAUAUCCGGCGCCAUAUCGCUCGCCGUGGAGGAGGUGAACGCAGGUGAGCUCGGUCGACGUGGGCACAAGCUCGACUUCCUGGUCGCGGAGACUUAUGGCGAGGAGGAGACCAGCAUCCUGAUGACCGCCGAUCUUUGGACGAGGAACAUCAGCGCCUACAUAGGGCCCCAGGAAACCUGCAUCCACGAGGGAAGGAUGGCCGCCGCGUUCAACCUUCCAAUGAUAUCUUACUUUUGCACCCAUCGAGAGUCCUCCAACAAGAAGGAGUUCCCUACGUUCGCCAGAACGAGACCGCCCGAUACCCAAAUCUCUAAAUCCGUGGUCUCCGUGUUGAUGGCCUUCAACUGGACCAAAGUGACGUUCAUGUACAUGAACUCGACCCUGUUCGAAUUCAACAAAAUGUCGACGAUCGCCGAGACUAUACUGGCAUCGUUCGAGGCGGCAGGUGUGACAGUGAACUUUAUUCGUUGCUGGGAAGAGCCUUACCACGUCACGCACAUGACCAAUCCGUUCCACAGAUACGUCACCGAGACUUACAGGGAGACUCGAAUUUACGUGAUUCUAGGCAAUUACUACGAGCACAUGGGGCUGUUAAUGGCGUUGGAUGAGAAGAAGCUCUUGGAAAAAGGUGAGUACUGGGUGGUCGGUGUCGAUAUCGAGCAAUACGAUGAGAAACGGCCGGACAAGUACUUCCGUGGUUUAUGGCAGAGGAAGACAAACUCCUCGAUCCUGAAGGCGUAUCGUAGCUAUUUCAGCGUGGUCGCAUCCGCGCCAAUUUAUUCCACCAACUUCACGCGCAUGGUCAACUCGUACAGGCAGAAGCCGCCCUUCAACUUCUCCAAUCCCCUCGCCAACAUGGGCGGGAUCAUUCAGAUCGUGCCGGAGACGGCGUAUCUGUACGACGCGGUGCACCUCUACGAGAGAUCGUUGCUAAAAGCUUUGGACGAGGACCGGGACCCGCGAAACGGCCGAGAAAUGGUCGCGACUCUUUACGGCGUUCAUUAUCGCAGCGCCAUGGGAUAUAUGGUGUACAUGGACGAAAACGGCGACGCUGAAGGCAAUUACACUCUGAUUGCGCUGGACAAUCGGCCGACAAAGGGACACGGUUUAUACCCCAUAGCUUACUUUGUGGGAAAAGAGAACGGCACGAAUCUGCCGCUACUUCGAUUGACGAGGGACAUUUCGUGGAUCGGUGACGGGCCCCCGAUCGCCGAGCCUCAUUGCGGUUACCACGGUGAAAAAUGCACGUCUCACACGGGAGAGAUCGUGGGUGGAAUAGCCGGUGGAUUUCUGUUGAUCAUGACUGCUGUGGCCCUAGUGCUGUACAGGAAUUGGAGGUACGAGCAGGAGCUGGAUUCCCUACUGUGGAAGGUGAACUACAAAGAUAUUCAGAUCAAGGAGCAGAAAGACGAUUCGUCGGGAAUCAACGAGGCGCCUACCAAAUGCAAUUCUAAGACGACGACCCAGCCCAUAGUAAGAACCAGCCAAGUAUCCCUAAGCUCGAAUCCCGACGCCGAUUUUCGUUAUUCGAUGAUUUACACGCAGAUAGGCGUGUACAAAGGGCGGAUAUUCGCCGUGAAGAAGGUUCGGAAGAAAUCGAUCGAGAUUACACGGGAGAUGAAGAAAGAGCUGAAAGUGAUGCGUGACUUGCGACACGAUAAUUUGAACGCUUUCAUCGGAGCGUGCACCGAUCCGCCCAACAUAUGCAUCGUGGUCGAGUAUUGCGCCCGUGGAAGUCUCAAGGAUAUCUUGGAGAACGAGGACAUGAAGCUGGAUAAUAUGUUCAUGGCGUCCUUGGUCGGAGAUAUAAUCAGGGGCAUGAUCUAUCUCCACGAUUCCGUCAUAAAAUAUCAUGGCUCGCUAAGUACGUCGAACUGCUUGGUGGAUUCUCGAUGGGUCGUAAAACUGGCAGACUUUGGGCUGCACGAGUUCAAAAAGAACGCCGAGUGCGAACCGUGCGACGUUAUGAAGAAGUAUCACGGUUUGUUGUAUCGAGCGCCUGAAUUGCUACGAUCGACGAAGAGUCAAGAGCCGAUGGCGCGCGAUUAUCAAAGAGGGGACGUUUACUCUUUCGCGAUAGUGUUGUACGAGCUUCAAGGGAGGCACGGCCCGUUCGGGAUCACGGAAUUAUCCGAUUCGGAGAUAUUGAAGAAAGUGAUCGGGCGGGAAACGGACGCGGAACCGUUCAGACCACCGUUGAACCAGUUGGAGAACUGUUUCCAUUUCGUGCGCGAUUGUCUGAUAGAGUGCUGGGCCGAGGAUCCCGAGGCCCGACCAGACUUCAAGAUCAUAAGGAACAAGCUGAGACCGCUGAGAAAGGGGAUGAAGCCAAACAUAUUUGACAACAUGAUGGCCAUGAUGGAGAAAUACGCGAACAAUCUGGAAGCCCUCGUCGACGAGCGAACGGAUCAAUUGACGGAAGAGAAGAAGAAAACAGACGCCCUGCUGUACGAAAUGUUGCCGCGUUACGUGGCGGAGCAAUUGAAACGGGGGCACAAAGUGGAGGCGGAAAGCUUCGAUAGCGUCACCAUUUAUUUCAGCGACAUCGUAGGAUUCACCGCCAUGUCCGCCGAGAGCACACCUUUGCAGGUAGUGGACUUUCUGAACGAUUUGUACACCUGCUUCGAUUCGACGAUAGAAAAUUACGACGUGUACAAGGUGGAGACGAUUGGGGACGCUUACAUGGUGGUAAGCGGCCUACCGAUUCGAAACGGUAUUCAGCACGCGGGAGAAAUUGCCAGCAUGUCCUUGUGCCUCCUAGACGCCAUUAAACAAUUCACCAUUCGACACAGGCCUCUGGAUAAAUUGCAACUUCGGAUCGGUAUACAUUCAGGCCCAGUGUGCGCCGGUGUGGUAGGCCUAAAAAUGCCGCGUUACUGCCUAUUCGGCGACACCGUGAACACGGCCAGUCGCAUGGAAUCCACCGGAUCCCCUUUAAAGAUACACUGCAGCGGGGAGACGAAGGAGCUGCUGGAUCGACUGGGCGGUUUCAAGAUAGUGGAAAGGGGCCUGGUCUCCAUGAAAGGCAAAGGCGAGCGUCUCACGUACUGGCUGAUCGGCGAGGACCCGAUCCUUAGGGAGGAGAGGAGCAGGGAGCGGGAGAGUCGAAGAAACGGCCACGAGGCGAGGAGGAAUCCUCUGAUACCGCGUAGCUCCCUCAAGAACAAGUCGUUGGUACGAUCGACGUUCAUGAGGUGUUCCAGCGAGUCGCCCAAGAGACUGCGUUUCGCUAGCUCGGACCAGUUGAAUCAGAAAUGCGCGAACGGCCAAUUGGAAUCGAUAAUCGACAACAGCCCGCGCAAGCCGAACACGUCUCGGGGCGCGGGGGCGCGCGAUUCGUGCGUCGCGGACAAUUGGAGAUCGUCGAGCAACUCGUGCCCCUGCGUGGAGAAGCUCGGGGAGCAGGAAACGCGGAAAGAGUUGGACAGGCAUCGAUCGUCCCACGCGGACCCAAAGGAGCGGGUGUUUCAGCCGGGUUUCAGGCAUCUCGACUGGUGGACGAUCGGGAACGAGGCUUGCCUCUUGCGGGGGGGCAAGAACUUGCGCUUCGCGCAGACGAGCUGCAGAUCCGCGCCCAGCAGCCCGAGGCACAGCACUCUGAUCCUGAAUUGUCAGAGGCGGGCUGCCCAGUCGAACGAGGAGAUAGACGGAUGGGAUGCGACCACACCGUUGAUUUAUCAUCCGGCAGGACGAUUCGAUUGACAAUCUUUUAUCUUCG